GUUGAUUAAUUCACCUUCACAUUUCAAUAGACAAUGUUUAUGUCUAUUGCAGUUACUGUUAUAGUGAACUGUUUAAUAUAAUAUUGACUGACAUUGAUUUCUGUUGACUGACAGGUAACCAUGUCUACAGUAGGUUUUGGGGAUAUAUCUGCGGUGACAUAUUUUGGAAGAGUUUUUAUGAUAAUAUUUAUCUCCAUUGGACUGGGUAUGUUUGCCACAUACAUUCCAGCCAUCUUGGAAUAUAUAAGUUCUCACACAAUUUACCAUGGAUCAUACAAUUUACCAGAAGGGAGAAAGCAUAUCAUUCUUUGUGGAUAUAUCACAAAGCAGAGUGUGGAGACAUUUUUGAGGGAUUUUCUUCAUAAAGAUCGAUCUGAAACUGCAGUGAAUGUGGUCAUCAUGGCAAAUUUCUUGCCAGAUGCAGAGUUGCAGUCACUGCUAAAGAAACAUUUUGUACAUGUAUCAUUCUUCAAAGGAACUGUUUUGAGUGGAGACGACUGCGGAAGAGUUAAGAUGAAGAUGGCAGAUUGCUGCAUUGUGUUGUGUAACAGAGAAUGUGUAGACCCUAGUGAAGAGGAUGCCGAGAACAUCAUGAGGGUUGUUGCUAUAAAGAAUUACUAUCCAAGAAUUCGACUUAUUAUUCAGUUACUUCAAUACCAGAACAAGUCGUACCUGCUAAAUAUCCCCUCAUGGAAUCCUAAAUGUGGGGAUGAUGUAGUCUGCAUCAGUGAGCUCAAGUUGGGAUUUAUUGCACAAAGCUGCCUGUCGCCUGGAUUCUCAACAUUGUUGGCCAAUGUUUUUUCAAUGCGUUCUAAUGACACAACGGAUGUCACUGAGUCUGACUUCUGGCAGACUUAUUACAUAGAAGGUGCAAACCUUGAAAUGUACACGGAGACACUUUCCAUUUCAUUCAAGGGAAUGGGCUAUCAACAAGUUGCUGAGAUUUGUUUUGGAAAGCUUGGUCUUCUUCUUAUUGCAAUAGAAACCAUUAAACCUGAUGGAGAAAAGAUAUUCGCCAUCAAUCCACUGGAUAAGACCAUAGAACAAAGAACGCGUGGUUACUUUAUAGCGGGUUCUUCCACUGAAGUUAAGAGGGCAUUCUACUAUUGUUUAACUUGCCAUGCAGAUGUGAAAUGCCCUGAGCUUAUCAAAGAAUGUGAAUGCUCCAAAGAACACAAGUCAGAUGUUCAAUUAACAGGCUUAGUCAACCAUGCUGUUCAUCAUGAUUCAGCACAUUUGUCUUUCGCUCCAGAAGGCAAACUGCGAAAUGGGAAGACAUCAGUCAAAACAGUGGAUGCCAGGCUUUCAUUCGCUUUACCAAACAAACCCGGAGGAGAAGCCAAACAAGGAACGUACAAGGUUUUACAUAAGCUUAAAGCUUUAAAAGAGCAACAAGCAAUCGACUGUGAAAAGAAGCCCUGUUUCGACAUCUCAGGAACCUUCUACUGGUGUGCGCCAACACGAUUUGAAGACGUCUUGUUGACACGAGAGGAGGCCUUGAAGAUCGUCUUUUCCCACCAUAUACUUGUUUGUGUGUUCAAUGAAAAAGACGCUCCGCUUUUGGGGUUGAGACCGUUGGUUAUACCAUUAAGAGCCAGCAACCUUCUGCAAAGUGAGCUGAAGAAAAUCGUAUUCCUUGGAAAUAAGGAAUACAUGGAGAGAGAGUGGCACCAGCUGUGUAAUUUUGAAGAUGUGUUUGUUUUACCGGGUUCUCCUUUCUGUCGAGCGGAUCUGCGAGCUGUUAAUGCAAACUUAGCAGAUAUGGUCGUGUUCCUCUCGCCUUCAACGGCCAGCAAAGCCGACGACCCGAAGUUAGCCGAUAAGGAAUCGAUUUUGGCGUCGCUGAACCUGAAAGCCAUGUCAUUUGAUGAUGCAGUUGGCAUGCUCAGUGAGAAUACACGGAACGCUUUUGCGGGACUGGAGUUUAAUGAAUUACCUCAGGUGGAAAGACGAGGCUCAGCGUAUGGCUGUAAUAUUCCAAUAAUCACUGAAGUUGCUUUUGACCAGAAUGUGCAGUACUUGGACAUCGAUGAUGAAGAUGAUGACGACCUUGAACUGUACCUGACUCAGCCGUUUGCUUGUGGUACAGCCUUUACAGUCUCCAUGUUGGACUCUCUGAUGAGCGCCUCUUACUUCAACCCAGACGUUCUUACUCUUGUACGGAAUCUUGUAACCGGAGGAGUAAACCAAUUCUUGGAAGAGCAUAUCGCUGAGGGGGACGAGCUCCGAGGAGGACUGGACGCGGCACAGACAGCAGACACCAGAAGCCGGUGUAAAAUUCUGCAGAUGUCGCUGUUUGAUGGUCCACUUGCACAUUACGGGGAUGGCGGUUCGUUUGGUGACAUGUUUCUGCACGCGCUGCGGGCCUCUUCCAUGAUCUGCCUUGGUCUGUACCGUUUCCGAGACAGUAACAAGGUCAGUGUUGGAGUACCAUCCGCCAAGCGAUAUGUGAUCUGCUCGCCGCCUUACAACUUUGUACUGCAGCAGACAGACCUGGUGUUUGUGCUGGCACAUUCAGAUCCACAACUGGAGAAACUCAAAUGAUUGAUGCUGUGACAAGUACUUUGGCUGUCACGCAAGUGUUACGUGGCGACCCUUGUAACAACGGUUCUGUAACACACACCUUCCUUCCCCCUCCUUACCUCCCAAAAUACAUGAGAACUUGUUUCUUACGGUGUCCUUUGUCCGAAGCGCUUGAAUCUUGCCAAGAUUGUUGUCUUUUGAAGGCACGCAACUUGACUUACAUUUUCCUGAAUACUUUAGACAAACUAAACAGGUUGAGAAUAGAGACAAAUCUCCGUUCACUUAGUUACGUAUCUGGAAGUUUGACUUCUUUGAGUUCAAUAGACUAGAAGUCUGACUAGGUUACAAAUUUAAUAUGGUUCUUUUGUAGCCUUUCUUUGGGUUGUCACGAAACGGGUUUCUCUGCGUGUGACGAUUUAAUUUAGAGCUGUUGAGCAGUUCUUUCAUUUGAUAAUAUUUAUUUCCCGUUUUUAUUAGAAAUUAAUUUUGGAUUAAGCAAAUAUUUUGCAGUCAGUGUGAGAAGUUUUUAAUAUGAAUACCUGUACGUGUUUAAUAUCACCGAAGCUUAAGAUUACCUUCCAGGUUUGCUUAUUUAUUGCCUUUGGGGUAAGGAAAACUCUCCUGAACAAUUUUGAAUAAUUAUUAGAUGAAAAUUUUGACAAGUUGUAUUAAGUAGAUAUUGGCGAUAAAACUCUUCUCUGUUGCUGACGCCAUCUUGAUUUGGAGACAAACAUUGCUCAAAUUACUUUCAAUGUAUGUUUCAUAGACGUUCCUUGGAAGUUACCCUUAUUCACGAUUUUUUGCCUCCAGGAACGUUUUCCCCUUACAACCAAGAUGGCGCUAGUAACUGAAAAGGUGAACAGACUAUACUUGCUUUUCAGUCGUAUUUAUAUUGUCAAAUUAUUUAUAGUUUAUUUAUUUGUUCAGUAUUUAUUUAUUUCUAUAGUGAAAUAAUAGGUUUAAUUCGCAAGUUAAUUAGAAGAGGUUGGAAGAUGUUUUUUAGAGUCGACUGUCGUCUGCGUGCGGUUAAACGAGAUGACAAGACGUAAAAAUUAAUGUCGUCUGCUUGUUAGUGAGUCAAGACUGUGUUCUGCUCGAGGAAAAUUCAGGGUUGCGACAGUUCACGAAAUGUUCAGGGAAAAAUAUAUUCAAGGUCAGAAUAAGUCAGGGAAUUUUAUCUCUUGGCAUUUUGAAGACAAGCCAGGGGAAAAUUGAUAAGUAUCAAAAGUAUUCGAAAACAUCGAAAGCUGGAAAAAAGAAAAUUAGGGUCUUUUUUUUUUUAUGCAAACGACAUUUUCCCUUAAUGAAGAAAGCGAAAGCUGUUGAAAACUGAUCAGUCUCAGUGGCGGAUUUAGGGGAGACCCCCCUAUUUUGGGUAAAAAAAAAA